AUGAACACAUUCGGAAGCAACGCAUUCGGUGGGUUGGGGGCAUAUCAAUCGGCCCACCACCACCUUGCUUCCAACACAUGCCACCUCCAACACUCACCAGUGCUGCUCGUGUGCACUGCAACGCAGUUGGAGAGGAAGGGCGCGAGGGGGUCAACACCGCUGCUCCCUCACGCGCCUCCCUGCGACUCACGCUGCUUGCUCCUCGUUCCCCCCGCUCUUCUCUCCCGUGCAUCUCCAGGAGCAAUGGAAGGCGGACGUGGGGCAGCAAGCGAGCACGUGGGUCGCCCUCAUGCCUCAAGCACCUGGUGCCAGCAGACAGCAGUAACAUCGUCAGCUAAGUGCAUCCACCUCGCAUCCCACAUCACACCCCUUUCCAUGCUUCCGCGUUUCCUUCAUCCCGUCAUCACUGCUGCCACUGCUGGCAGCACACAGUACAACCCACACACCCCGCUCACUCUCAGGUAUCCCCCUCAGGUACUGCAGGUUCUCUUGGGGUCUGUGACUUGUGGCCGUGCUUCCAUCAGUGGCCCCUCCUAUCUUCCUGAUAUGGCAGCUUCUGGUGUUUCCCUUGUGCUUGUGGCCAUUCCAUGCGCACUCACUGCUGCUCUGUGUCUGUGCCUUGCUGGUGGAGGGGAGGGGCGUGGGGUCAAUGCCGACGCUCCCUCACGCCUCUCCCCUGUGGCCGUGCAGGUGGCAGUGGGGAAGGGAAGAAGGCUGGGAGAGAGACUUGCGACGGGGGAAAGUAUCGGGGAGGGGUUGGCCUCUCAAGCUGGUCGCUCACACGGGAGUGGCAGUGGCGGGGGACAUGGAGUGCGCAGGCAGCAGCUGCUCUCCACCCAGCCUUCACACACUGGUAACCUCCCCUUUGGUAUAGCUGAGGCAGCAUUGCAGUGGACUCAAAUGGUGCUGCUAUGGAGAGUAUCGAGAUGGGCUUGGCCCCUCAAGCCUGAGGGUUGGAGCACUGGAGGGCGGGAGAGUGGAGUCCACCCUCUGACUCACCUCCUGCUCCCUCCCUUCUCCCUUCCCUCCCAGCAGCACCCUGCCUGGACCACAGUGGAGUCUCGCCCUCCCCUAAUCCCCCCCUCCCCACUUCCCAGCAGCCUCACCAUCAUGGCGCUCUGCAUGGCUCUGGUAGGUACAGUCCCCUCCCUCAGUUCCCUCCCUCAGUUCCCUCCCUCAGUUCCUUCCCUCGGUCUCUUCUUGCCUCCCUUUGUAUCCCCCCUCUGUCUCCUCUGA